AGGCUUCCAGAAAUCCGGGAAUACUUAUACCGUGUAUCGAAUAUUCGGUUCCGCCCUCCCUUUUUCUGAAGAUGACCAGGUUUUCAGCUUUACACUUUGUGGGUCCUGAGGGACUGUGGCCUUCCUUGCUGCUGCCCCCGUCUCUUUAGCUUCUCUGGUCAUAUUGAUUUGUAAAGCAUAACAGAUUCACAGAUGACAUUGGCACCAAACAUCUUUUGUACAUUGGAUACAUCUGGAAUAUUUAUCAGUUUUUUGAAAAAACUAAAGGAAAACGUUUUAGAGAACAGAUAUAAUAACCCAACUGCUAUAAAUCCAAGAUUGAAUUACUGUGAAAUAUUUGCCCUGAGUGAAGAUUCAUAGCAACAUUUGCCCAUCUCGUUAUCUGGGGCUUUUGCAUUCUAAUUAAAUUUGAAUAUAUUUGCAAAGGAGUCUGCAGAAUUUUGGAUAUCAAUAAAAUCAAGGUUGAUAACAGUUGAAAUAUUUCCAAGGAAUAAAUUACAAGAACGAGAAUAAGAAAAUUACAUUCUGUGGUGAGAGAAGAAAGAUAAGGGGAACAUUUAAUACUGUGAGAAACUUCAAUGGUUGGGUCUGUUUGUAUCCCUUAGAGAAAUGUCAAAAGAAAUAGGAGAAUCGCAACAUAGUUGUGAAAUCUGUGGUAAAUCAUUCUCUACAAGCAGUAACUUAAUUAAUCACAUUCGUGUUCAUACAGGUGAGAAGCCAUUUCAUUGUGUUACCUGCGGUAAAUCAUUCUCUCAAAACAGUGAAUUAACUACACACAAACGUAUCCAUACAGGAGAAAAGCCAUUUCACUGUGUUACCUGUGGUAAAUCAUUCUCUCAAAACAGUGCCUUAACUAAUCACAAACGUGUUCAUACAGGUGAAAAGCCAUUUCACUGUGAUACCUGUGGUAAGUCAUUCUCUCAAAACAGUCACUUAAAUCGACACAAACGUUUUCAUACAGGAGAGAAACCGUAUCACUGUGUUACCUGUGGCAAAUCAUUCUCUCAAAACAGUGAAUUAACUACACACACAUAUAUUCAUACAGGAGAAAAGCCAUUUCACUGUAUUACCUGUGGUAAAUCAUUCUCUGACAACUCGACCUUGACUAGUCACAAACGUACUCAUACAGGCGAGAGACAGUUUCACUGUGAUAUCUGCGGUAAAUCAUUUUUUCGAAGAAGGAACUUAACUACACAUGCAGCUAUCCAUGGGAAAAUAUGAUUGUAUCAUUGUCAAAAUCCAUUGGAAGACCCAAUAUAUAAAUCUGUUUCCCCUGUCAAAUCAUGGCUUAACCUUUGUGCUCUUAACAAUAAUCAUUUAACCCCUGACAGUAACCAUACACAUCUUGGUUACCCUUUUGAGAUAUUAUUUUACAGCCAGAUGCCCUUCCUUAUGCCAACCACUUCAGCCACUUUAGUAGAUUCUUACACGGCAUUCACAUAGUUUACCUGGACACAGGUUGCUUUUUAAACUCCAUUCCGUUCAGAAAAUAACUUGUAAACA